AUGUAUUACAAUAAUCUUGAUAAAGUAAAAGCUUCCGGUGUUCUUUCUCUUGGUAUAAGUGAUCAUUCUCUGGUAUACCUUAUUCGGAAAUGUACAUAUCAUAAGGCACCGGUAAAUACUUUUGUUGAAAAGAGAAAUUUCAGAAACUUCAAUGAACAUGCAUAUUUGAAUGAUUUAAAUAAUCUAAAUUGGGAGCAGGUUUGUCUGCAUAACGACCCUAAUGAUAUGUGGACUGAAUGGUUGAAUUUGUUUAUGUCUGUGAUUGAUAAACAUGCCCCACUUAAAAAGAAACGUAUAGGGAAACGAAAGUCUCCCUGGAUUACUUCACAUGUAGUUCAGAAAAUUCGCGAAAGAGAUUAUCUAAAAAGGCAAUUCGAUAUUACACGUGACGAUGAAAUUUGGUUACAAUAUAAGAAAGCUCGAAAUGAAACUAACAACACUAUUAGGCAGGCUAAACAUAACUACUUUAUCACUAAUAUUGAGGCUGCACGAAAAGAUCCAAGGAAAACUUGGAGGCUAGUCAACGAUCUGAACUCUCGUAAAGUGAGUGAUGUAACCAGUGUCAAGAAAGUCAAUCUUGACGGUAAUGAAAUCACUAAUGCGGCUGAAAUUUCGGAUGCCUUUAAUUCAUAUUUCACCUCGAUAGGAGAGAAACUUGCGAACAAAAUACCUAGCUCGAAUGUUAAUCCCGUUUCUUAUAUUCAAUCCACACAUAGUGUGUUUUCUUUCGAGGAAAUUGGUUUGUCCACUGUAAAUUGUUUGCUAAAAACGAUUAAUGCUAACAAAGCGACCGGCUCUGAUAAAAUUCCAGGUAGAUUAUUGAAAAUAGCCGCUGAUAUUCUUUCACCCUCGUUAACCAGAAUUUUUAAUAGAUCGCUUUCUAUGGGGAUUUAUCCGACUGAUUGGAAAAUGGCAAUUUUCUAA